UCUGGGCUGAGGAAUUGUGUUGUGGUCAGAGCAGACGUACACAUUCUCACACACAGGCCGAGUUUGUUGUUGCAGCCAGACAAUCUUAAAGAGCCAGAGUGGGUCUGCCAUGGAUUUAAUGGAGCUGUUCUUUGUCUGCCUUGGUGCUGCAGUCGUAGUCUUUUAUGGAGUGAAAAUGGUCCGCUUCGCUAAGAUGCUUUAUCCCAGAGUUUGCUUUCCGCAGCCAGAUUCCUUCUUUACAUCAAUGGGAGAGUGGGCAGUGGUCACUGGUGGGUCAGACGGGAUAGGGAAGGCUUACGCCUUUGAGCUGGCAGGACGUGGGCUGAACGUGGUGAUCCUGAGCAGAACCAAGGACAAACUGGACCGGGUGGCACUGGAGAUAGGAGAAACCACGGGUCAGAAAGUGAAAGUGGUCGUAGCUGAUUUCACUGAGGAUGACAUGUAUGAACACAUUGAGGAGAACCUGAAAGGCUUAAAUAUCAGUGUAUUAGUGAACAACGUGGGGAUUCUGCCUAGUCAUAUUCCCUGCAAGUUCCUGCAGACUAAGGACCUGGAACAGAGAAUUACAAAAGUGAUCAACUGCAAUGUGAAAGCCUUGGUCAAGAUGUGCCAAAUAGUCCUGCCAGGGAUGGAGAAGAGAGGGAAGGGAGUGAUCGUGAACAUCUCCUCUGGUGUGGCCACUGUUCCCUCCCCCAUGUACACCAUGUACUGUGCAUCAAAGGUGUUUGUGGAGAGGUUCUCUCAAGGUCUGCAGGCUGAAUAUAAAGCAAAAAGAGUCAUGAUACAGGCAGUGGCUCCAUUUGGGGUGUCCACCCCAAUGACGGGCUACCAGAAGUCCAACAUGGUGACCCUGACAGCGGAAGACUUUGUCAGGACAUCCCUGGAGUACCUCCAAGCCGGGGACAAGACCUACGGCAGCAUCUGUCACACAGUACUGGGUUGGAUGGUACAGGCUGUUCCUCAGCAGAUCCUCCACAGUGAGACCAUGCAGGACAGUCUACUGGAGUAUGUGAAGAAAAGAGUGGGGACAUAGGUCAUAGGAGAUCAACCCAUGCACUAUGUUAUCAUCAUGUACUGUAUGCAUGUCUGUAAAUAAGAUGAUGCCUUUUAAAUAACUUUUUCACAUGUAUGUAUUUCUAAAACAAGAGGACUAAAGGCAUUUUUAACUCAUUCUUCUAUGUGAUACUGACUGAAAAUGAGAAGUCACACCAACCUUUCCCAGCAUGCUCUGCUGUGGGUCGAUAUUUUGGAAUCUGUGUUUUGUAAUGUACAUUGAGUGAUUGAUUAAUCUUAUACUACACAAAGAUAUAUAACAUACAUUUUUAUAAACUAAUCCAAUAAUUUAGUUUGAAUUUUGAACUUCUUACUGAAAUGGUUGUUCCGGUUUAAAUGGCUUAGGCGGUCUCCUCCCAUUGUUCCUAACCCUGGCAGUCAUUAUCAGGUUGCGGGUGAAUACAAAUGUUAACUGUUGGAUAGACUAACAGGCUGGAUUCCAAUAGAAAUGACAUCAUAAUGUGACUUGCAGGUACAGGACAAAAUGCAGGUAAAUCUCCCCCGUUGGAAGAUUCCUGGAAAUCCUUCAACCAGGAUUUUUUACAAAUCUGGGAAUUUUGGGAAAGUUAUCAGCAUUCUGCAACCCUACUUGAAGGACUGAUGUGGCCUGUAAACCAUGAGUUUCAGGCCACUGUAUAAGGGUAUAUAAAAUAAGGUCUUAUAAGAUAUGUAAUGUAUUGUCAUAAAAAGUUUUAUUAUCAUAACAUUUGCCUAGGAACACAGUUGUUGAAGACCACAAGACUGAAAGUGAAUGAAUUCAACAACCAUAUCUCUGUCACUAACAAAUACAGUCAUGGGUGGUAACUCUAUAAUUCAUUUGAAAAGGCAAGGCACACUAGGAAAUUAUAUUUAACAUUUUCAAGCUGAAAUCUGGACCCCCUACAGGGUCACAGUGACUAUCGGUUGGAAUAAUUACUACAAAUUCACUUUGUAACUGUACUCAGAUAUAUUUAGUGCAACAGGUUUCCUCAAAAGUUUUACAGUGAGAGAAGAGGGGGCCGGUGGCACUACGUAAAUGUGUGUCUCAUGUUUCAACCGCUCUCGGAGCUCUAAGCUAAAGCCAACACAGGAAGACAGAACGCUUCUGAACUUUUGCUUUUUGAGUGUAGUUAACUAACUGUUUUGUAUUUACUGAUUUAUAUUUGACCUGUUACCGCUAGCGGAACAUCUUGAUAACAUCCGGUGAAAUUGCAGAGCGCGAAAUUCUAAUUAAAUUAUUAGAUAUAUUUAACUGUCAUAAAAUGACAAGUGCAAUACACCAAAAUAAAGCUUAACUUCUUGUCAGAUUUCAAAAAGGCUUUAUGGCAAAAGCAAACCAUGUGAUUAUCUGAGGACAGCGCCCCAUCAUACAAAUGCAUGACAAACAUAUUUAAUCCAGGGAGGUGUGACCAGAAAAUGAGAAAUAACGAUAUAAUUCAUGCCUUACCUUUGAAGAUCUUCUGUUGGCACUCCAAAAUGCCCCAGAAACAUCACAAAAGGUCCCUUUGUUUGAUAAAUUCCUUCUUUAUAUCCCCAAAAUGUUUGAUUCAGAAAUACACCGGUUCCAACUCGCCCAACAUGACUUUCCUAAUCCAACCUUAGGUAUCCUAAAACGUAAAUAAUCGAUAAAAUUUAAGACGGAAUAUACUGUGUUCAAUAGCGGAUAAAAUCCAUGUGGAGCGAGCUCCAGGUCCCGCUCAACAAACAAUAGAGUCCACUUGGCUUGACACUCACACUGAACCACCCUACUUCUUAAUUUCUCAAAAGAAAAACAUCAACCAAUUUCUAGACUGUUGACAUGUAGUGGAAGCCAUAGGAACUGCAACCAGAUGCCUCAUAAAUAUAGUUUCCCAUAGAAAGCCAAUUGAAAACACAGUGACCUCAAAAAAAAAUCCUGGAUGGUUUGUUCUCGGGGUUUCGCCUGCCAAAUAAGUUCUGUUAUACUCACAUACAUUAUUUUAACAGUUUUAGAAACUUUAGAGUGUCUAUCCAAACCACCAAUUAUAUGCAUAUCCUAGCUUCUGGGCCUGAGUAACAGGCAGUUUACUUUGGGCGCGCAUUUCAUCCGGACGUGAUUAUAGUUUCUAAGUAAGGCGGGCUUUGCUAAACUCAAACAUUUCAAGUAUUGCAACUUAUACUUAUUAAUUGACUUUGACUUUAGGCCUCCCGAGCGGUGCAGUGGUCUAAGGCACUGCAUUGCUGUGCUACAGGCAUCUACAGAAUGAGGUUUGAUCCCAGGCUGUGAUGCAGCUGGCCACGACCAGGAGACUCAUGAGGUGGCACUCAAUUGGCCCAGCGUCGUCCGGGUUAGGGGAGAGUUUGUCUCCCGGUUGUACUGUGUUUUCUCUGACACCUUGGUGCGGCUGGGUUAAGUGAGCAGUGUGUCAAGAAGCAGUGCGGCUUGGCAGGUUCGUGUUUCGGGGGACACAUGGCUCUCGACCUUUGUCUCUAGCGAGUUCGUACAGGAGUUGCAGCGUUGGGACAAGACUAACUACCAAUUGGGGAGAAAAUAAAAGUGACUGACUUUAAAAGAUGAUGUAGUGCUCACUUCCCCAUAUUGACUACAUUUAUGUAGUGUUUUUAUGUAUAGAGAAAUCAAAAUAACUAUUGUAAGUUGACUUACAUGAAAAAUUUAAGUAUACCUUAAUCAAUUUUUUUACAUUUGUAUUACUCAUAUGAUGUUGUACUCUACACCAGCUAUUUAAGUGUCUUAACUAAAUUGUUUUGAGGUAAUCAGUUUCCUAAAAAUGUUUAAGUAGCCAGAACUUAUCCGGUUUUACAGUGCAGGAAAUGUAUACUAUUCUGAGAAUAUUCCAGCAAAAUGGCAAUAAGACAUUCAAUACCUGCAAAACAACCAUGGGCUUUUAGAUUCUGUCUCUACUGUAUUCUGAAAUAAACUUGGAAAGUA